UUCGAAAAACAUCAUCUCUGCCUCCAGUUGUGCUUUGGACCUUGGGGCUCUGCAAAUCAUCCUAAAAGCUGUUUGGGAAGACAACUCCUGAGAUGAAGCUCUGAACUUUCAUGGACACAAAUGCCCAGAAACACAGAAGAGUGGCCUGAAACUGUUGGUUUGAAGACCGUAAGAAAUGGGUGACUGGAGUUUCUUGGGGAACAUUUUAGAGCAGGUGAACGAGCAAUCCACUGUCAUCGGGAGAGUUUGGCUCACAGUGCUCUUCAUUUUCCGCAUCCUGAUCCUGGGCACGGCUGCCGAGCUCGUGUGGGGAGACGAGCAGUCAGACUUUGUGUGCAACACCCAGCAACCUGGUUGUGAGAACGUCUGCUACGAUGAGGCCUUCCCCAUCUCCCACAUCCGGCUCUGGGUCCUGCAGAUCAUUUUUGUAUCCACCCCUUCGCUAAUGUACUUCGGGCAUGCUGUGCACCACGUCCGCAUGGAGGAGAAGAGGAAAGAGAGGGAGGAAGCUGAGAGGCGCCAGCAAGCUGAGGUGGAUGAAGAGAAGCUGCCCCUGGCUCCAAACCAAAACAAAGGCAACAACCCUGAUGGAACCAAGAAGUUUCGCCUGGAAGGUACUCUCCUGAGAACGUACAUCUUCCACAUCAUUUUCAAAACCCUCUUUGAGGUGGGAUUCAUAGUAGGUCAGUACUUCCUGUAUGGCUUCCGAAUUCUCCCCCUUUACCGCUGCGGGCGAUGGCCCUGUCCCAAUCUUGUGGACUGUUUUGUCUCCAGGCCCACGGAGAAGACCAUCUUCAUUAUGUUCAUGCUGGUGGUGGCUUCCGUGUCCCUCUUCCUCAACCUGGUGGAGAUCAGUCAUUUGAUCUUGAAAAGAAUCCGGAGGGCUCUGAAGAGGCCAGCAGAAGAGCAGCUUGGAGAGGUCCCCGAGAAGCCCCUCCAUGCCAUCGCAGUCCCCUCCAUCCCAAAGGCCAAAGGCUACAAGCUGCUGGAAGAAGAGAAGCCAGUGUCCCACUAUUUCCCUCUCACGGAAGUAGGGGUUGAGCCUAGCCCCCUUCCAUCAGCCUACAAUGAGUUUGAGGAGAAGAUUGGGAUGGGACCACUGGAAGAUCUCUCCAGGGCAUUCGAUGAGAGGUUACCAUCGUAUGCGCAAGCGAAGGAACCAGAGGAGGAGAAGGUACGAGCAGAGGAGGAGGAACGAGAGGAGGAGCAGCCAGGGCCUCAGGAAGAGCCAGGGGUGAAGAAAGCAGAAGAGGAGGCAGUGAGAGAUGAAGUGGAAGGGCCUUCAGCACCUGCUGAACUUGCCACUGAUAUGAGACCCCUGAGCAGGCUAAGUAAAGCCAGCAGCCGGGCCAGGUCAGAUGAUUUGACUGUAUGAAGGUGCAGGAUGCGGGGAGCACAUGAAAAGGAAAAGGUUGAAGAGAAAAGGAGAGAUAGAAUCAAAAGAUAUUUUUAAGCAAAGUGCUAAAAUGGCCACUUGAAUAUUAUUUCCUUUUAUGAUUCUCAACUGGAAAGGUACUACCAUGGUAACAGUGCCUUAUUUGCCCCAUAUGUCCCUGUAUUUCCCUGUUUCCACAUGCCAGCUCACUCCUUACAGUACUAUCUACACUGUACACAUAACUGAUGUAUUUUAAAGCCUGACAUGGCAGUGAUACCCAAAUGUUGCCACUGUGAUCAUAUUUACUGAAAGCCUUGUGUUCCACAUUUCUCUAGGAAUGUGGGGUGGAUCUGUCUUUCAGCCAGUGAGGGGAAAGACUGAUCAACAACUGUAUCUAGUCUUUCUCUUUCUGUUUCCUCCUAUGGCUCACUGAGCAGAUCUCCCCUUUGCUGUUGGCAUGGAAUUGCAGUUAUUUAAUUCACAAAGUGAAUUCUAUGCUUAGCAUCAACACACUAAAAUACUAAGCCCAACUUCCCUUCUUUAUUCAGAAAAUAAAGGCAAAAAUGUUCCAAAUUUCUCUGUGAAUGCAUAUCUGAGUUAGGUAAAUAUAUUUUCCCUGGUCAAAAAUAUUUCUACUCUUCAAGCAAUAUUGACAGUGGGCAAGAUUAACAGUAGCUCUUUACUAGGACUUAGCAGAUACCCAGAGAUGGGUUAUUUGUUCCCAAGAGGGUCAUCCAGCCCUGAGACUAGUUCAGAAUACUGGAAAGAAUAAAUUCAAGUGAUAUUUUUUACUUGUAGCCUUGUGACUUAAAAAUUUGAAACUAGAUUUAGCCAAGCAAGAGGGAAAACUUCUGAGAAAAGAGGGGACAGCUAUAGCCCCCAGAGCAUGAAAUCAAAUACAAGCCUUCACGGUAUGAUCCUGACAAGUGUUCAGUUCCUGGAGCUUCCAGGCUCCCAGGCACUCAGCAAAUCUCAGGUACAGAGACCUGAAGGCACCUGUGAACCUAAACCAGGGGUCUAGGUAACUAUGUGACUUUUUAAACUUCUAAAUACAGAAGUGGUUGGUCAAGUUUGAAAAGACUGAUAUGGUAAAAGUCUUUUGAUGGCCUUUGUUUUUAAUUUGACAGACAGGAGCUAUUCAGUGGGCUACUUUUCCAUUAAAUGCCAAAGUCUUGGUCAAGUAAGACAAUGCCUUUCAAAAGAUGACUUAGACCAUUUAUGCCAACAGGUCUGUACAGACUUCUCAGAGACUCAAAAAUCUUUUUUUACAGAAGGCAGAAAAUUAUGUGCUUGCAAAUGUUUAGAUGUCUAAUAUAGAUUUCUAAAUUUAGGAUUACAGCAGCAACUCUUGGCUGGGACAGUGCAGCAGUGAGUUCAAAAGCUUCAGGUUAACAGCUAUGUCCCCCCAAAACUGAGCCCCAUGCCAAAAAAGUGCAGGUAUGCACUCUGCUCUGUUCUGCUCUGCAAACCUCAGACCCUGCCAUCUCAGCAAAUUCUUUCUGCCGGGCUGCAGCCCAUCCCAUUGUUCCCAGGGCAGGCUCUAAUCCAGGUCAGAGAAAAAAAGAUCUUUGGCACAAUGCAUCAAACUCAUCCCGCCAUUAGCUAGAAAAGACCCCCUGCAGCCUCCCAUUGUGGCAGGUCUGACUCAAAGCCCAGGAAAGGCAAAUGGGAGUCAGUGAGAGGCUUGGGCCCUGUCCCAGCCCCAGAACAGUCAGUCCUGUCGCUCCUGAUCCCACCCCUUCGGUGGAGUUCCCUGCCUGGCCGGACUUCACUGCAGAGUGACAAUAAGCUGUACAUAUGUAGAAAGUUUGUAGGGUGCAUUGGGAUUCUUCAGCCGCCACAGAGGUGCCACAUAUUGUUUUUGUUUUUUCCUUUUUUUUUUUUUAACACUAUUCAUCCUUUUGCUCCUUUUGGGCCUGUGUAUUUUCCCAAGGUUUGCAGCCUGAGGUCAAAACCUUUUUUUCCUUAGACAAAGACUGUUGGGUGUCCUUCCUUGUGAAGGAAAACUGGAAGGUCCUUCCUCAGUUUUGGGAAGGAAUAUGACAAAGCAACACAUGCAGAGAGAGAGCCUGGAGGCUACCAUUUAUCCACUCUCUUAAUACAGAAAUAGGAGAACUGUUAUCACAACUGAGGGAAGAGAAUGUUUUUCAGCAGGAAGAGUCCACUGUGCCCAGUUCAAUAUACUAGAACUAAAGAAAGGGCUAAGAUUUAGAUGAACAACACAAUCACCACACUUAGACUAGAUGGGAUCUAUUUUAUUUUCUCCAUAGAAAGAGACAAGAGUUUGAAUGAUUCUAAGCAUCAACCAGCCCACUUGUUGAAGCAUGGUUGGAAACAUACUUUUCUGCAGGUAAAAACCACAACCUUGUUACAGUUUAUAUGAGGUAUCUGCAUCACAGCAUCUGACCCUUCCAGAUACCAAGAUACUGGACUGGUUGAAUCACACCCAUCCCUGCUGACUUCGAGUUACUUGACAAUUCCACUCCUGAUCUCUGUCAGUCAUACAUUCAUUAGAUUACAGGACUACUUAAAGAUGAGUGCUUGUUCAUCAGGAGUACAUGAUUCAUAACAUGGCUGUCAGGCGGGGCAGUCUUUAAUAACCACAUGUUAAUUAUGUCCUUUUCCACUGGAGAGCCUCGGUAAAAUGCACCAUUUGCAGUGUGCUCCAUGGACACUGUAGUUCUCUCACAGCUGCCACGGGAAGGCUCCUUUCUUCCUCUGGGUCCCAACAGCACAAGAAGAAGCUGGCAUUUUCCUCCUGCAUCCACUCAACUGCUUCUUGAUUUUUUAUUUUUUAAAGUCAGUUUUCAAAUACUCUGCCUGGCUGGCAGUGAAUCUGUAGCCACCAAGCUUGGCCACAGCAUCAGGACAGUGUUGCUCAGCAAAUGGGGCAGGGAACACUCCGGUCUUGUGGCACUCAGCCUCAAUUCUGCAAGGAAAUCUCUGUGGGACUGUCAGCAAGUCAUUCUUUGUUCUUGUGCAAUUGGGAAUCAUUUCCUACCUUACAAUCAUGAUGUGAGGCCAGACAUGUUGUGCUAGUUAUGGAAAGGGAGGUCCUUGAAUGGAAAGCCUACAGAUGAGCAAAGGAUUAUUGCUAUUUCUGGAUGUGAUAGCACAUAAAUGUGCUUUAUUCCCUCUCAAUGAGACAAACUUAAUGGCUUAUUCAAGAAAUUCCUAGUGAAGUUGCAUAACAGCCUCAGAGCUGUGGAUUCUACUCAAAAAAUAACUUAGCAAAACAUAAAGUUAUAUAUGAUGAAUGAGGAAUAUUAUUUCCUUGGGAAGGGGGAAAUCACUGGACAAUUAGAGCCAUGCCUGGAUAAUUUAAAAGUGUGUUUAUCCCCUUGGCUCCCUGUGCAAAUAAAUUCCCAACUGAUCACAUGGCUCUCUGCAAGGAGCAUAAGAUGCAAGUGUCAAAAUCACCAAAGGAAGUGAAAGUAGAAGAGCAAGGUAGUCUCUUAGCUUACAAUAGCAUGUGGGGGUUGGUGUUCUCUAGUGUCUAGAGCAGUGGACCUAGGAUAAUAAUCUUAGAUUUAUUUCCAGCUCUGCUUCUGACUUGCUGUGAUAAUCACUUUACCUCUCGGUGCCUUUUUCUCCACCUGUAAAAUGGGUGUAAGAAUUUCUACCUACCUCACAGGGAUGUUGUGAGGCUUCCUUAAUUCUGUUUGUAAAGUAAGUAGGAAUGAUCUGAUGAAAAGCACUGCGGAAA